AUGUACAAUGCGUCUUGCCUCAGGGAGCUAGGCAGCAGUAGCAGCACCUGUGUACCACAGACACCCCACUCCUUCGACCUCGUGCCUGCCCUUCUCUCUCCCCCACUCCCAACCCCUCCCUCUCCUACUCUCACCACAUCCCCCCACUUCACCUCUGCAGCUUCAUCGGACGGCACGUUGCGGCUGUGGGAGCUAGCGAGUGGCAACUGUGUGCGCGUGUGCCAGGGCCACCCAAUUCUCUCCCCCUCUUCCCCUCCUCUCUUCCGCCCCCACUCUUCCGCCCUCGCCCCCUUGCCCCCCUCUCCCCGUUUGUGCCCAGUGCACCUCUGCAGCGUCAUCGGACGGCACGUCGCGGGUGUGGGAGCUGGCGGGUGGCACCUGUCGUCAUCGGAUGGCAAGUCACGGCAAUGGAAGCUAGCGAGUGGCAACCAUGUGCGAGUGUACCAAGGCCACCAGAAGGCUGUUGUGUGCUGCGCUCUCAACGACGGCACCAACCUCCCGCCUGCCUGA